UUGGAAGCGGCGGGGCUCGGUGGCCGCUCAGCCCCCGCGGCCGUCCCGCAGCCCGAGCAGGAUGCGCUGGGCCCCAGCUCGCCCAAGUUCGGGGAGGAGGAGGAGGAGGAGAAGGACCUGAACAAGGCGCUGGGCGUGGAGCGCUUCGAGGAGAUCCUGAGCGACUCGCACCCUCGCAACGCGGAGGAGGCCGGGCGCAGCUACGGGGAGGAGGACUUCGAGUAUCACCGCCAGUCGUCCCACCACAUCCACCACCCGCUGUCCACGCACCUGCCCCCCGACGCCCGCCGCAAGAAGGGAGCGCCCAAGAAGGGCAAGAAGAAGCGCCCCCGCGCCUCUGCCCCCGGCGAGACCCCCACCAUCGAGGAGGCCGAAGAGGAUGAGGAUGAGGCGUGCGACACGGAGACGGAGCGCUCUGCGGAGGAGCUGCUGCAGGGCGCCCCGCCGGAGGCGGUGCAGUUCUUCCUGCAGGAGGACGAGGUGGCCGAGCGCCGCGCAGAAGAGCCAGCAGCACCCCCGGCACUGCCAGCAGCCCCCCCGGCAGAGCCCUGCGGGGCUGUGUCCCCCAAGGCCGCCAGGGCAGCCAGCCCCAGUGCCGAGGAGGGACGCUCGGCUGAGGGCCCAGCCGCCGAGGAAGCCGGUUCCCCCGGGCGCCCCACGGCCAAGUCGCAGCCGGGGCACCGGAGCUACAACCUCCACGAGAGGCGGCGGAUCGGCAGCAUGACGGGCGUGGAGCAGGCGCAGUACCAGAAGAUGCCCACGGACGAGUCGGAGGCCCAGACGCUGGCCUCGGCCGACCUGGACUACAUGAAGAGUCACCGCUUUGAGGACGUGCCCGGGGUGCGCCGGCACCUCGUGCGGAAGAGCGCCAAGGCGCAGGUCGUCCACGUCAGCAAGGACCACAAGGAGCCGAGCACGCGGCACCGCAAGCAGGACCGGCAGCCCCACGAGGUGUUUGUGGAGCUGAACGAGCUGGUGGUGGACAAGAACCAGGAGCUGCAGUGGAAGGAGACAGCGCGCUGGAUCAAGUUUGAGGAGGACGUGGAGGAGGAGACGGACCGCUGGGGCAAGCCGCACGUGGCCUCGCUGUCCUUCCGCAGCCUCCUGGAGCUGCGCAAGACCCUGUCCCACGGCGCCGUGCUGCUCGACCUGGACCAGAAGACUCUGCCGGGGGUGGCUCACCAGGUGGUGGAGCAGAUGGUCAUCACCGACCAGAUCCGGGCCGAGGACCGCGCCAACGUGCUGCGGGCGCUGCUGCUCAAGCACAGCCACCCGAGCGACGAGAAGGACUUCUCCUUCCCCCGCAACAUCUCGGCCGGCAGCCUGGGCUCGCUGCUCGUGCACCACCACAGCACCAACCACGUGGGCGAGGGCAGCGAGCCGGCCGUCACCGAGCCCCUCAUCGCCGGCCACGCCGUGGAGCACGACACGCGCAUCGACGUGGAGCGGGAGAGGGAGGUCCUGGCCCCGACGCCCCCGGCUGGCAUCACUCGCUCCAAGUCCAAGCAUGAGCUGAAGCUGCUGGAGAAGAUCCCAGACAACGCCGAGGCCACGGUGGUGCUUGUGGGCUGCGUGGAGUUCCUGGACCAGCCCACCAUGGCCUUCGUGCGGCUGCAGGAGGCCGUGGAGCUGGACUCGGUGCUGGAGGUGCCCGUCCCCGUGCGGUUUCUCUUCGUGCUUCUGGGGCCCAGCAGCACCCACAUGGACUACCACGAGAUCGGGCGCUCCAUCUCCACCCUCAUGUCCGACAAGCAAUUCCACGAGGCCGCCUACCUGGCCGACGACCGCCACGACCUCCUCAACGCCAUCAACGAGUUCCUGGACUGCAGCGUGGUGCUGCCGCCCUCGGAGGUGCAGGGCGAGGAGCUGCUGCGCAGCGUCGCCCACUUCCAGCGCGAGAUGCUGAAGAAGAGGGAGGAACAGGAGCGGAGGCUGCUGCUGGAGCCCAAGUCCCCCGAGGAGAAAGCGCUGCUGAAGCUGAAGGUGGUGGAGGGCGAGGGCGAGGAUGAGGACGAUCCCCUGCGGCGCACGGGCCGGCCCUUCGGGGGGCUGAUCCGGGACGUGCGGCGGCGCUACCCCAAGUACCUGAGCGACUUCAGGGACGCGCUGAACCCCCAGUGCAUCGCGGCCGUCAUCUUCAUCUACUUCGCGGCGCUGUCCCCAGCCAUCACCUUCGGAGGGCUGCUGGGGGAGAAGACGCAGGACCUGAUCGGGGUGUCGGAGCUGAUCAUCUCCACGUCGCUGCAGGGCGUGCUCUUCUGCCUGCUGGGCGCCCAGCCCCUGCUCAUCAUUGGCUUCUCGGGGCCCCUGCUCGUCUUUGAGGAGGCUUUCUUCACGUUCUGCACGUCCAACGACCUGGAGUACCUGGUGGGACGCGUCUGGAUCGGCUUCUGGCUCAUCCUCAUCGUGCUGGUCAUGGUGGCCUUCGAGGGCAGCUUCCUGGUGCGCUUCGUCUCCCGCUUCACCCAGGAGAUCUUCGCCUUCCUCAUCUCCCUCAUCUUCAUCUACGAGACCUUCUCCAAGCUGGCCAAGAUCUUCCAGGAGCACCCCCUGCACAACUGCACGAGGGCCAACGGCACGGAGGCGGAGGCCUGGAGGGAUGGCAGCACAGCCCCGGCCAACAGCACGGGGGGCCGCGCCGCCGCCAAGGUGACGGGGAGGCCCAACACGGCGCUGCUCUCGCUGGUGCUCAUGGCCGGCACCUUCUUCAUCGCCUUCUUCCUGCGCAAGUUCAAGAACAGCCGGUUCUUCCCCGGACGGAUUCGGCGUCUCAUCGGGGACUUCGGGGUGCCCAUCGCCAUCCUGGUGAUGGUGCUGGUGGACUACAGCAUCCACGACACCUUCACGCAGAAGCUGAGCGUGCCCAGUGGGUUCUCGGUGACAGCCCCGGAAAAGCGGGGCUGGGUGAUCAACCCCCUGGGCGAGAAGAGCGACUUCCCCGUGUGGAUGAUGGUGGCCAGCGGGCUCCCCGCCAUCCUCGUCUUCAUCCUCAUCUUCAUGGAGACGCAGAUCACCACGCUGAUCAUCAGCAAGAAGGAGCGGAUGCUGCAGAAGGGCUCUGGGUUCCACCUCGACCUCCUGCUCAUCGUGGCCAUGGGCGGCUUCUUCGCGCUCUUCGGGCUGCCGUGGCUCGCCGCGGCCACAGUGCGCUCGGUCACGCACGCCAACGCGCUCACCGUCAUGAGCAAGGCCGUGGCGCCCGGGGACAAGCCCAAGAUCCAGGAGGUGAAGGAGCAGCGGGUCACCGGGCUGCUGGUGGCCGUGCUCGUCGGGCUGUCCAUCGUCAUCGGGAAGCUGCUGCAGCAGAUCCCGCUGGCCGUGCUCUUCGGGAUCUUCCUCUACAUGGGCGUCACCUCCCUCAAUGGCAUCCAGUUCUACGAGCGCCUGCAGCUGCUGCUGAUGCCCCCCAAGCACCACCCUGAUGUCCCCUACGUCAAAAAGGUGCGCACGCUGCGCAUGCACCUCUUCACUGGGCUGCAGCUGGCGUGCCUGGCCGUGCUGUGGGCCGUCAUGUCCACGGUGGCCUCCCUGGCCUUCCCCUUCAUCCUCAUCCUCACGGUGCCACUCCGCAUGUGCCUGCUCAGCCGCAUCUUCACCGACCGCGAGAUGAAGUGUCUGGACGCAGACGAGGCCGAGCCCAUCCUCGACGAGCGGGAAGGUGUGGACGAGUACAACGAGAUGCCGAUGCCAGUGUGAGCCUGAGCCAGCCAGCGAGCCGCCCGCGGGGCCGGGCACAGCCAGGCCCCCGUGCUGCCGCCCCGCGCGGGGCUGGGGGCAGCGGCUGUGCAGCCGUGCCCGGCCGGGGACAGGCACCCCGCACCCCCGGGGCUCCGCUCUGCCGGCCGGGGGCCCCCUGCCAAAGAGAAGCCGUCCCGUGGCCUCACCCCACGGGGACCCCCCCCAGGGCACCCCGCUCGCUGCAGCACAGGGGGCCCGUGCCUUUGGUCCCCCCCGGCCACGUCCUGAGCACGCCGUGGGGCAGAGCCCUCCCACCACUGCCCUGCAGUGCUGCAGGCCCAUGC